AUGAGUAUCGUAUAUCAUACAGCCUUGCGUCAGGACACUGAGGUGAAAAAUCAAACAGGAAAAAUUACAGACCUCACAGAUUCCGAUGCACAAAAAACAGUUAGAAAUAUGCAUAAGUGUCUAAUGGCCGCAACUGACAAGCGAGUAGGUGUAUUAGACGAGUUACUUCAAAUUAUUCGCACUGUUAAAAUUUAUGCGAUGGAAGAUUACUUUCGUAGUAAAGUUGUUGCUGCUCGGGAUAUUGAACUGAGAGAGCUCAACAAUUAUAUGUUCAUUAGGAUGUCUAUAAGAAUGUCAUGGGAAAUCCUUACUUUUUUGAUGAUGUUAUUUUCAUUCUUCAUGUACAGCAAAAUAUUAGGGAAAGAAUUGACUUCUAGUCUAGCCUUUACGGCUAUCAUUUUGUUUAAAAAUCUCCUUCAUGUUCUUAAUGAAACGCCAGCAAUUAUUAUUAGUAUUACUCAAGCAUUAGUUUCAAUAUCUCGAAUCGAAGAGUUUUUAAAAGAAUCUGAAAUUUACACCAAAAUUCUCGAGAAUAAUGGUGUCAUUUUGAAUAGCAAUAAUUGUAUUGGGUUUGAAGACGCUACUUUACAAUGGACAAAUAAAGGUUCAAAUCAAUUCGCUUUGAAUAAUUUGAAUAUUCAUUUUCUUCCUGGAAAAUUAUCGCUUAUAUUUGGUCCUUCUGGAUGUGGAAAAACUUGUUUGUUGAAAGCACUAUUGGCAUUAGAUGUUAAAUGUUCCGAUGGUCAUGUGUUUAAACCGCGGUUAGGUAAUAUUGCUUAUGUUGCCCAAACAGUAUGGCUUCAGAAUGGGACUAUUAGAGACAACAUACUAUUCGGUCAGGAUUACGAACCCGAAAGAUAUUUUAAGGUUAUAGCCAUGUGUAAACUUGAGGAUGAUUUAAAAGUGUUCAUAUCUAAAGAUAAAACUGAAAUUGGUGAAAAUGGUAUCGUACUUAGUAACGGUCAAAAACAACGUGUUGCUUUAGCGAGAGCUAUCUAUUCUAAACAUGAAGUUUUGAUCAUAGAUGAUUUUCUAUCUGCUGUAGACUUACAUAUUACAAAAUCCAUAUACAAACAAAUUUUGACUAACGAGCUGACAAACAAUAGAACAAUAAUUCUUGUUACACAUAAUAAAGACUUUUUGCAUGAUGCUGAUAUGACGAUUUACCUAAAAGACGGUAGGGUAGAUAAAAUAGAAUAUUCAAUCAAAAACCUUUCAGAACACGAAAACGUUGAACGUAUUGCAAAGGAAACCUGUAAAAAUAUUGCCGGAUCUCAAGAUGGUAAUAGAUUGAUCACAGAGGAAAUACAAGCCGAAGGGAUGGUAAACUGGUGGAUCUAUACUAUUUAUAUGAUUAAAUCAAAAAUGGUUUUGCUUUUAAUAAGCAUUUUUAUUUUGGCAACGUGGUAUAUCCAAACGAAGCAAGAUUUUUUGAUUAAAAGUUGGGUUGAUGCUCAUAAAACACAUAAUAAAGUGAAUCAAGCAGUUUCUCAUAUUGAAGUCCUUUCUCCCUUGACCGAAAGCUUUAAUCUCAUUGCGAGAAAUUUUGUCCUUACUCAAACCUUAUUUCUUCCCAUGUCAUAUGAAUUCGAUAACGUUGAUUAUUAUUUCUGGGCUUACGCAUUGGUCACGUUGGUAGCCAUUUCAUUAAAGUCUUUUAAAACAUAUUUUAUAUUCUUUGGAUCUUUAAUAGCAUCCAAAGAGUUGCAUAACUCUAUGUUGGAAAAAAUUUUAAAUACAACAAUUAGAUUUUACGAUACGACUCCAACAGGUAGAAUCCUGAAUCGGUUUUCGAAAGACAUGGAAAUUAUUGAUCAAAUUUUAUCACUUAAUGUCACUUCCUUUAUUUAUUCGCUCAUGUCUGCCGGUGCAUUAGUGAUAUCUGCUAUACUUAAUAUCGAUAUCGAUAUAAGAUUUAAAUUUUUAAUUGCCGGCAUUUUUGUUGUCGUAUCGAUAUUGUAUGCCAUAAUUGGCAUAUCAUAUAUAUCUACGUCUCGAUAUUUAAAACGCUUAGAAUCAGUUACUAGAUCUCCUAUCUAUUCAGCAUUUGACAAUACUAUUUCAGGUAUAUCAACAAUCCGAACAUUUGGCGUAGAAGAACGAUUAAAAGAAAAAAUGUGGGAUCUUAUAGAUAUCAAUAAUCAACCGUGCUUAUUAAACUGGGCAUGUAAUCAAUGGUUACAUACUCACACUAAUGUAGUAGGAGGUUUAUUUAGCCUCGCUGUUGGAUUUAUUAUUAUAUUUAAUCUUUCAAAAGGAAUGGAACCUGGGUUAGCGGGAUUAAUUCUUACAUGCGUAUUGAGUUUCAGUAGAAAUAUUGUCGAUGCUAUUACCACUUAUUCAGUCAUGGAAAUGAAUAUGAACUCUGUGGAGAGAGUUCAUGAGUAUUUAUCACUAGAAGUAGAACAAAGGAUAAUUGAUGGACUUAGUCCUUUAUUAAAUGAAUGGCCUCAUUCGGGUGAUAUUCAAGUCAAAAACCUCGGAGUACAAUACUCGAAUAAUGAUCCUUCUGUAAUAAAAAAUAUUUCCUUUCACGUAUGUCCUGGAGAAAAGAUUGGAAUUAUUGGAAGAACUGGAUCUGGAAAGUCCACUCUAGCUAGAUCAUUUAUAAGACUAAAUAUAAACCAUGGACAGAUAAUUAUUGAUGGAAUCGAUAUUUCAAAAGUUGACGUAUUUGCUUUGAGACUAAAUAUUAUUUUAUCUUCAUUUAUUAGUGACAAUUUAUGCUAUGGCAAGAAUGUCAAGACGAAUAAAAUUUACGAUGCACUUCGGAAGGCCCAUUUAAUUGAAAAUGAUAGUUUAUUAACACCCAACACAAUUGUUAAUGUGGGUGGAAACAAUUUCAGUCAAAGCCAACGGCAACAAAUUGCACUUGCAAGAGCGAUUCUUUAUAAAUCUAAAGUGGUUAUUAUGGAUGAACUAACUGCUGACGAUGGAAAUAUAGUUGAGUUUGAUGAUCCAUAUACUCUUCUACAAAAUCCUAAUUCAGAAUUGAGAAAAAUAUGUAUAGAAAGUGGAAAAUUUGAAACAUUUUAUGUUUGA